UAUAGAUUGUGGACAGUGUUUCGUACUCUGUGUACAACCAAAUCUCACGUGUUUACUAAUAUAGCAGCCUUGCCGACCGAGUUAUUAUGAAAUCAGGCAUUCGGGCCGAAUAAUUCGAUAAAAACGGGGCACACAGGUGACUGAAAGUUAGCGUGCAAAGUGUAAAAGUUAAGUUCGAUUUGCAAGCUUGGUUAAAGCAUGUCUUCGGCGUACUCACGGACGUCCGAGAGCGAUGCGUGGGCCCUGCUGGCCCUGAAAUCGGCCCCGGCGAGCCCCUCGAACGUGCAAUGGAGCCCCGAGGACCAGGGCGAGGCGAUAGCCAGGAUCGAGGGCCGCGAGUUCGAGUAUCUGGUGAGACAGAACCGCGUGGUGAUCGGAAGGAACAGUUCACGUGGAGAUGUGGACGUUAACAUGGGACGUUCGAGUUUUAUCUCGCGCAGGCAUAUCGAGGUGCUCUUCGAGCACCCCUACUUUUACAUGCUGUGCAACGGGAAAAACGGGAUCUUCGUCGACGGGGUCUUCCAGCGCAAAGGCGCCCCCUCAAUUAGACUACCCAGGACAUGCGACUUCAGGUUUCCCAGCACGAACAUCCGGCUGAAAUUUCAGUCGCUCAUAGAGGACAAUUGCGAGCCGCCCCCCAAGAUACGCGAGGUUUCGCCCAUCAGGAUGCGCGACAGGUCGGGGGGCGGGGGAGGGGGCGGCUCCCUGGCGCCGCUGCGCAUAAACAUACCGGACAGCGACGUCUACGGAAGUCCGUUUCCGUCCCCCACGGGCACCAUCAGUGCUGCCAACAGUUGCCCAGCUAGUCCCAGAGGAGGUCAUCAUGGUGGCAAUCAUGGAAAAAGAAGCGUCUCGGCCGAAUUACAAAUGGUGGCUCAGUACGCGGCUCAAGUGGCACAUAGGGAAGAGGCUCAUCAUAUGCAGUCCAGCCACAGUCCCGACUAUAGGCAACCCACGUCGAACGGCAACUCUAUAGUCUCCGGGGCGGUGGUGAUGAACGAGGCGGCUUACGUGGCAGGCGGCAGCGGAGGCGGCGGCAAAGACGAAUCGAAGCCGCCGUUCUCGUACGCGCAGCUGAUCGUGCAAGCGAUCGCCAGCGCCAUCGACAAGCAGCUGACGCUGAGCGGCAUUUACAGCUACAUCACCAAGAACUAUCCGUACUACAGGACGGCCGACAAGGGAUGGCAGAACUCCAUCCGGCACAAUUUAAGUUUGAAUCGGUACUUCAUCAAGGUUCCUAGAAGUCAGGAGGAGCCCGGUAAAGGAUCGUUUUGGAGGAUAGAUCCGCAAUCGGAAUCAAAAUUAAUUGAACAAGCAUUUAGGAGAAGACGACAGCGAGGGGUUUCGUGCUUUAGGGCGCCGUUUGGACUAAGCUCAAGGAGCGCCCCGGCGUCGCCGUCGCACGUGAGCAUGUCCGACAUGAUAAUGACGCCGACGGACUGCCUGUCGCGCGAGGGCUCCCCCAUCCUGCAGGAGCUGCACCACGCGCUGGAGGUGAGCCAGAGCGCGCCCGGCAGCCCGGGCGGCGGCAACCCGCAAUCGUCGGCCUCGUACGCCGGCUCGGGCGGCAUGAUCGGCCAUCAGCAGAUGUCGGCGCUGGUGGGCGCGAGCAGCGCGCGCCUGCUGCUGCACGCGAACGCGCCUCCCGAUUCCAACGGUCAGCAGGAUUACAGGGAGGAAAAAUAUCAUGUGAAUUCCAACAUGGAAGAUAGGUCGAUGUCUCCUACAUUUUCACCUCAACCUGUUAUUGUACAAGCAACAAACUAUUCACCUUACAGCGGAGGCAGCAGCGGCUACAACGCGGUCGGCGGCGUCGCCAACAACGGCGGCAUGGACUUGAAGCGGCACGCGGACAGCCCCGGAAGCGGCGGCGAUCCGGACGCGCAGCCGGAAGUGAAGCGAGCGCGCAGCGACAAAUACGAGCCGGAAUAAUUGGCGCGAAAGCACGGGCACCGCAAACGCAAAACCGAUGGUGUAUCAAGUUUUAUUUCGAGAAAUCAUGCUUAGGAUGUGGUGAGCACCGAAAUUAAUUAAUUAUGAACGCAAAUAAUUGGAGAAUGAUCUCAAAACCUUCAUUGACAUUUAGAACGUAGUUGUAAUAAUUAUUGUGCUAUAAGUAAUUUUUGAUAAGUGAAAAAAAGAGCGCGUUUCGUUGAAUAUUUUACUGUGUUAUUUUAAAGUGUACAUUUUAUUCAAAUUGUAGCAGUAUUGUAUAUUUUUGUACAAUCCAAGCAUCAAUUACUUACUAAGUAUAAUUUCACGGAUUAAUUUAUUUUUUUCUAUUCUGUGUAUCAAAUCGGAGAGUGUUUGUAUUAAUUUUUGACGAAAAUUUAUUCGAUAAAUUGUAUAUUUUUUAUUUUCAUCGCUACUGUAAAUAUAUUACUACAAUUUUUUAUGAUGAUUUGGAACUUUAUUUUCGCCUAAAAAGCACACCCGCAACCCAAGCAGAAAAAGUAUUAUUUGUUAUUUUUUUAAAAAUUGUUGCUGUUUAAAAAUUUAUAUUUAUUAUGUGGUGUGUGCUUUUUGCGGCGUUGCCAAAUGUUACUAUGAGGCGUUUUAAAUGAAGAUCCACCGAGGAUAAUUUUAUUUUUUAAUAAAACUUGAUAACAUCAUUUCGCCAUGGAGAAGAUUUAUAUAAAUAAAACAAGUGGGAUUAUAAUAAAAUGCAAAUUUUAAUUUUAAACCCAUUGUAUAAUUUUUCUUUUUUAAUGAAUUGACUAGCAUUUUUUGCGGACAUUUUUCUCACGUAGCUGGUAUACGUUUUUCAACUGUCUGCAAUUUUAAGCGUUUUUCUGACUAUUAUUACUGUUAGAUAUACAUGUAUACAAAAUUAUUGUAGGUAUUUAAAUAAAGUACUAUUAUUGCUGUGAA